AUGCCUAUGUACAUCAUUGGCCUAUAUGGAGUCGUUUCUCAUGUACUACUUUUGAUCGCAUUUAUCAAAGAUCCACUGAAGUGCUUCAAGAAUUCUGCGACGUAUCUCGUCGCCAACCUAGCUGUUUCCGACCUACUGAUAUCCCUAUUUGAACCAUAUAAAAAAUAUGUUUCUUCUGAAACUCGGAAUGUCUACAAUUUCUUAGUCCACUUAUAUCUCACAGUCGCUAUUAUCCUGGUCACGAGUAUUCUACAACAACCGCAUUCAGAUUAA